AUGAUCCGGACAGAGCUAUCAAGGACUCUCAGACGCGCCUUCUCGCAGGCAGUGGUGCGCAGGAGAGAGCUGCUGCCCACAACGUCAUCCCCGAUAGUCACAACGCUCGACUUCUUCAACUCAGUCGCCGGAAAGGACAAGCAGAUCCCCACGUACCGUCUUCUGGAUGGCAUAGGCCAACCACUUGAGGGUGCUGUCCUCCCAGAGAUUGACGAGCCGUUUGCACGACGCCUCUACGAACAAAUGCAACUCUUGCCAACGUUGGACAAUGUUCUCUACAACGUCCAGCGCCAGGGCAAGAUCUCUUUCUACAUGACCGCUCAUGGAGAGGAAGCAACUAUCAUCGGAUCUGCCGCUGCUCUGGAAAACGAUGAUGAAGUAUUAGGUCAAUACCGUGAAAUGGGAGUUCUACUCUGGCGAGGCUUCUCCUUGGAUCAAGUAAUGGCCCAAUGCUUUGGAAAUCAAGAAGACACGUCAGGCAAAGGCCGCCAAAUGCCCGUCCACUUUGGGUCACCGGAACAUCACUUCCACACUAUCUCCUCUCCCCUUGCCACACAGAUACCUCAGGCAGCAGGAGUCGCGUAUGCUCUCAAACGAACGCCUAGUCGAAAGUCAAGGUCGAUCGCUGCCUGUUAUUUCGGCGAAGGCGCUGCUUCUGAGGGCGACUUUCAUGCCGGACUUAUGCUAGCUUCGGCCAUUCCAUCCCCUACACUAUUCAUAGCGCGAAAUAACGGGUUCGCGAUCAGCACUCCCAGCACGGAACAGUACAAUGGCGACGGGAUCGCCAGCAGAGGUCCUGGUUACGGUAUUGACACAGUGCGCGUGGAUGGGAAUGACAUCCUUGCGGUUAUUAGUGCCGUAAGGGAAGCAAGGAGAAGAUGUCUCGAGCAAGGACGUGCAGUCCUCCUCGAAGCCAUGUCAUAUCGAGUUGGCCAUCACUCGACCUCGGAUGAUUCCUUCGCAUACCGCGCCCGAGCAGAAGUCGAGGACAGGAAACGGAUCGACAACCCCAUCACGCGUUUCCGCCUCUUCAUGGAGUCCCGCGGGUGGUGGAACGCGGACGCAGAGACGGAGCUCAAAGCACGCCUCAGAGAUGACGUGAUGAAAGCCUUCAAGCGAGCCGAAGGGCUGAAGCGGUGCGAGCUCGGAGAGCUUUUCACCGACGUAUAUGGAGGCCCGGAGCCCUGGAACAUCCGGGAGCAGAGGGAAGAACUGACGGGUCUCCUCAAGAAGUAUGGCAGCAUUUGGGAGCCAUGGCGAAAUGAAUUGGGCAAGUUUAAAAAUAAGGGACAGGACCUUUUGGGACCCAAGUAG